AUGCUCCGUCUACAACGGUGUCUCAAAGGACCCGCCCUCGAAACGGUGCGCAGCCGACUAGUAUUGCCAGCAGCGGUUCCGCAAGUCAUCGAGGCACUUCGUUUUCGGUACGGACGUCCGGAGCUUUUGAUCAACGCGUUGCUGGAAAAGGUGAGGAAGAUUCCCGCUCCAAAACCCGAUAAGUUGGAGGGUUUGAUCGAAUAUGGUAUGGCAGUGCAAUCCCUUUGCGACCAUAUUGAAGCAGCCAAUGAACAUGCACACCUAUCCAACCCGAUGCUUCUUCAGGAACUCGUCGGGAAGCUACCAUCGGACCAGAAGUUGGUAUGGGCUGGGUACAAGCGUGGUCUCGGCAUAGUGAACCUGAAAACAUUCAGUAACUACAUGCAAAACAUCGUCAACGAUGCAGCUAGUGUGGUCCUAUUCGAACCGGAACACAAUAGAAGCAAGGACAAACCGAAGUCCAGAGGGUAUGUCAAUUCUCACACAGGUAACACCGUUGAGGAUCAACCGUCGACGAUAGCCAAGCAGUUUGAUUGCCUCUUCUGCCGAAAGGCGGGGCAUCGGUUGCGAGAGUGUUCGGGAUUCAAGGAUUUGAACGUCGAUGAACGUUGGCGAAAAGUAAGAGCAUUGUCGCUGUGCCAGAUUUGUCUAUUCAGCCAUGGUAGGCGAUCGUGCAGAAGCAGCAACCGCUGCAAUGUGGACGGCUGCCAGUAUCGCCACCAUCCGCUGUUGCAUGCAGCAAGGCGGACUACAGAAGCUACGGCGUUAACCCAACACGCGGAGAAUCACACUCAUCAGUAUCUUGGAUCGAGCGUCCUGUUUCGGAUCGUGCCCGUUACUCUAUAUGGGCAAACUGGUGAGGUGAACACGUAUGCGUUCUUAGAUGAGGGAUCCGAGCUGACCUUGAUGGAGAGCGAAAUCGCGGAGCAACUUGGAGUGGACGGAACAACCCAGCCACUAUGCCUUCGGUGGACGGGUAACACAUCGAGAAUCGAGGGGAAGUCAAAGGCUGUCACUGUCACCGUCGGUGGGGCUGGUUCGCAGAAACGGUUUAGAAUGUCGAAUGUCCGUGCGGUGGCGAAUCUUAAUCUUACGAGUCAAACGUUUCAACUAGAAGAAGCAGUAAAACAAUUCGACUACCUCAAGCAGCUGCCUGUACAGAGCUACACGAACGCCGUGCCGAAGCUUCUGAUUGGACUCGAUAAUCUGCACCUGGCGGUUCCUCUCAAGACAAGAGAAGGGACCGGGAACGGACCAGUUGCAGUUAAAACCAGACUUGGGUGGUGCGUUUAUGGGAAGCAACAACCUGGAACAAAGGGUGGAUACAAUUUCCACAUCUGUGAAUGCACGACGAAUAAAGAUCUUCAUGAAGCCAUCAAGCAGUUCUACGAUGUGGAAGAAGCUGGAUCAGGGAAUGUUACUCUGCGUUCAAAAGAAGAGCAGCGAGCAUUGGACUUGUUGGAACAAACAACGGUUCGGGUCGGUAACAAAUUCGAAACGGCAUUACUGUGGAAGGAAGACGACUUCGAGUUACCCGAUAGCUACAGGAUGGCGUUACGCAGACUAGAAUGCCUGGAACGGAAAAUGCUACGGGAUCCAGCAUUGAAGGAUAAUGUAGUCCGACAGAUGCACGACUUCGUAAACAAAGGCUACAUCCAUAAAGCGACGAACGACGAACUCCAAGAAGCGGAUCCUCGUAGAAUUUGGUAUCUGCCGGUUGGGGUGGUGACCAAUCCCAAGAAGCCAGGGAAGACACGCAUCGUUUGGGACGCUGCGGCAAAGGUAAACGGCGUUUCAUUAAACAGUAUGCUGCUUAAAGGCCCUGAUCAAUUGGUGUCGCUGUUAGGAGUGCUGUUCCGCUUUCGGCAGUUUCAGAUCGCAGUUUGCUCGGACGUGAAGGAAAUGUUUUUGCAGAUACUGAUGCGUGCAAUCGACAAGCACUCACAACGGAUUCUAUGGCGUGUGGAUCCAGCUCAAGAUCCGGAGAUCUACUUGGUUGAUGUAGCUACGUUCGGGUCGACGUGUUCUCCAGCAUCCGCCCAAUUCAUAAAGAAUAAGAACGCAUUGGAACACAGUGGCCAGUUUCCCAGAGUGGCAGAAGGUAUACUAAAAAGUACCUACGUAGACGAUUACCUGGAUAGCUUUGGGUCGGAGGAAGAAGCUUCUCUCAUUUCCGAAGAAGUUCGUCAGAUUUUUCGCAACGGUGGAUUCGAAUUGAGAAAUUGGAUCUCAAAUAGUGAGGGCGUUCUACAGCACCUUGGAGAAAAACAAGCUGCUGCCAGAAAAAGCCUGAUAACAGCGAGCGCCAAUACUGAGCGUGUGCUCGGGAUGUUGUGGGAUCCACGGACGGAUGAACUAUCGUUCAGCACUCGAAUGAGCGAUGAAGUUCAAUCUCUUCUGGAAAGCGGAAGAAUACCAACGAAGAGACAAGUUUUACGCUGUGUAAUGACACUGUUCGACCCUUUGGGGCUAUUGGCUACGUUUUUGAUCCAUGGCAAGAUUCUUGUACAAGACUUGUGGCGAGCGGGAACAGGAUGGGACGACGAAGUCGGCGACGAUCAGUAUUCAGACUGGCGUAAGUGGGUCAAGAUGAUAUCGUACAUCGAAAACAUUCGGAUUCCUCGUUGCUAUUUCCCGGAAGCGUCAGUACGUACAUACGAGGACGCCGAACUCCACGUAUUCGUAGAUGCCAGUUCGCUAGCCUACUCUUGUGCAUUGUAUUUGCGGACCAUCAACAUCCAUGGCAUUCCUCAAUGUAGCCUGAUCGCUGCGAAAGCGAAGGUCGCGCCGCUAAAACCGAUGACUAUACCGAAGCUGGAACUACAAGGAUGUCUCCUUGGAACAAGGAUGCUGAAGUUCGUGCAAGCCAACCACUCAAUUUCCAUCACAAAACGAAUUCUAUGGACGGACAGUUCAAUUGCGCUUUCGUGGAUUCGUGCAGACCCGAGAAAUUACCGGCCAUUCGUGGCCAACCGAGUUGGAGAAAUCCUGGAGACGACGACAGCCGACGAAUGGAGAUGGGUGCCAUCGGAAUCCAACGCGGCAGAUGAAGCAACAAAGUGGGGAAGUGGACCCUACUUCAGUCGAGACAGCAAAUGGUUUAACGGGCCAGACUUCUUAGUCCUGCCGGAAGCCGAUUGGCCGAAGCCUACCAAUCCAGUGGUGGACACGUCUGAGGAGGUCCGGUCGUCAGUUUUCCUUCAUGCUACAUGGGAGUCGGUGAUUGCUUAUGAGCGAUUCUCAAAAUGGGAAAGGUUGCAGCGUAGUGUGGCUUACGUGCUACGUUUUAUAAACAACGCCAGGAAGAAAGAAGAGAAAAACAGCGGUCGGCUAACCCAGCCGGAGCUAAGUGCAGCAGAAGUUCACAUCCUAAGACAUGUCCAAAUGGAAGCCUUUCCGGAUGAAGUUGCGACGUUGCAGAACAAUCAAACCUUGACGGAAGACAAGCGGGAAACGAUCGACAGAUCGAGCAUUAUAUACCAACUAAUGCCGAUGAUGGAUAAGCAGGGGUUGAUGCGGCAGAACAGCCGAAUUGCACCAGCGAAGAAUCUCCAUUACAGCGUGCGCUUUCCAGUUAUCCUACCAAGGAAGCAUCGCUGCACAGAGCUUAUCGUCGAACAAUAUCAUCGCCUCUAUCGCCAUGCAAACUCCGAGACAGUGGUGAACGAAGUUCGUCAAGUAUACGUCAUACCGAAACUUCGAUCUGUGGUGAAAGCAGUUAGCCGAAGCUGCCAAUUCUGCAAGGUUCGUAAAGCACUUCCGACUAUACCUCCGAUGGCUCCGCUGCCCCAAGCGCGAUUAGCAAUCAGUGUUCGUCCUUUUAGCUACGUCGGAGUGGACUAUUUCGGUCCACUGCUAGUUAAACAGGGUCGCGCGAACGUAAAAAGGUGGAUUGCGCUCUUCACCUGCCUGACCGUCCGCGCUGUCCACCUCGAGGUGGCCUACAAUCUAUCAGCAGCAUCAGGUGUUGAUCGAUCGCUGCGUGAACAGAUCAACGAAGGAGUAACGGCGACCUUCACCAGCGCGAACACGAAAUGGACGUUCAUUCCGCCAAGCGCUCCGCACAUGGGCGGUGCGUGGGAGCGCCUCGUCCGCUCAGUGAAGGCAGCGAUUGGGGAUGCGUAUACCGAAGGGAAACUCAACGAUGAAGGGCUGCAUACUGUUAUCGUGGAGGCAGAGGGAAUUGUAAAUACUAGACCACUUACAUACCUACCGCUUGAUUCCGCGGAAUCCGAGGCUCUCACCCCGAACCACUUUCUGCUGGGCAGUUCCAAUGGAAUCAAGCAGCCAAGCGUGGACAUAGAGUCUCAGCAAGGAACCUCUAGGGAUUCUUGGAACCGUAUCCAGCGGAACCUGAAUCGAUUCUGGCAACGCUGGCUGAAGGAGUAUCUUCCAGUGAUCCGCAAACAGUCGAAAUGGUUUGAGGAGUCUCGAUCAGUGAAAGCCGGGGACCUCGUACUGAUAGCGGACGAAGGUAAACGGAACGGAUGGAUCCGUGGAACCGUGACGGAGUCGAUCAGGGCACCGGAUGGCCACGUGCGCCAAGCUAUAAUAAAGACUGCAGCGGGAGUUCUUCGAAGGCCGGUAUCGAAACUGGCGGUACUCGAUGUUAGGAGUGAUUGUACGGUCAACGAGACCAGUGGACCGCACCCGGGGGAGGAUGUUACCACAGGGACAUCGAGAACUGGCAACACGGUCUUCCAAAUGUCAGAUCGCGAGCUACCGAUCUAUGUGUGA